CGGGAACAGUAUUUCGUCUGUCUAUUAGAAACUGCAUAGUGCAACACAAAGCAUAAAUAAUGGAUAAAAAGAGGCAAUACAGUAAGGCGCCGCCUCCAAAGAGAUUAAAAUCGGGUGACGAUGACGAAGAUAAUGAAGUGCCAUGUAGUUUUGAAGAGCAACUUGCUUGUAUGGAAACUGAUUUUGAAUCACAAGAAGUGUUUGGUGAAGGACCUGAAAAUCAAUCUACCAACUUGAAGUGGUCACGACCACCACCUCCACCAAUGGAUCCAAAGAAAGAUACAUUAGUCUUUCAACAGAUAGAUAUUGAUCACUAUAAUGGACAACCACUGCCAGGUAUGCCUGGAUCGCAACUUGCUCCUGUACCAAUCAUGCGAAUGUAUGGUAUAACUAUGGAAGGAAAUUCAGUUUGUUGUCAUGUCCAUGGAUUCACACCAUAUUUCUAUGUAACAGUACCUAUAAAUUUUACUGAAUCAUCAUGCAAUCAAUUGAAACAAACUCUGAAUAAAGCUAUACUAGAGGAUAUGCGAUCUAACAAGGAUAAUGUUAAGGAAACUACACUGGAAGUGCGUUUGGUGAAGGCUAGAUCUCUUAUGUACUAUCAGGGGGAUAAAGAUAUUACCUUUGCAAGAGUAUCUGUUGCUCUUCCCAAAUUGAUUGCAGCUGCUAAAAGACUAAUAGAAAGACAACCAACAUCAUUUGGUUUAAUGGAUCCUUUAUUCUUUGAAAGUAAUAUUGAUUUUGAUAUCCGAUUCAUGGUAGACACAUCAGUUGUUGGCUGUAGUUGGAUUGAAUUGCCAGUGAACAAGUGGUUUCUUAGAUCAAAAGAUUCACAAAUAAAACCUGAGUCUAGAUGUCAAAUUGAAGUAGAUGUAGCAUGGAAUGCUUUUAUAGCUCAUCAGCCAGAAGGAGAAUGGUCUAAAGUAGCACCCUUCAGAAUAUUGAGUUUUGAUAUUGAAUGUGCUGGUCGCAAAGGUGUUUUUCCUGAACCACAACAUGACCCUGUUAUCCAAAUUGCUUCAAUGGUGAUCAGGCAAGGUGAUCCUGAACCUUAUGUAAGAAAUGUUUUCACUUUAAAUACUUGUGCACCUAUAGUAGGGUCACAAGUUUUGAGUUUCCAAUCAGAAUCUGAAAUGCUUGCCAAGUGGUCGGAUUUCUUCCGUGAACUUGACCCAGAUAUAAUUACUGGUUAUAAUAUAAAUAACUUUGACUGGCCAUACCUCAUAAAUAGGGCAAAACAUUUAAAAGUCGACAAUUUUGACUUUUUGGGACGUAUUCGAAACAUAAGGUCUGUAAUAAAAGAUUCUGUUUUGCAAUCGAAACAAAUGGGUCGCAGAGAAAACAAAAGCAUUAACUUUGAAGGCAGAGUUCCAUUUGACUUACUGCUUGUUUUAGUGAGAGAUUAUAAACUGAGAUCAUAUACCUUGAAUGCUGUCAGUUAUCACUUCCUUCAAGAACAAAAAGAGGAUGUUCAUCACAGUAUUAUUGGAGACCUUCAAAAUGAAAAUGAACAAACUAGAAGGAGAUUGGCAAUGUACUGUCUGAAAGAUGCAUAUUUGCCUCUUAAGCUCCUGAAUAAGUUGAUGUGUAUUAUAAAUUACAUGGAAAUGGCCAGGGUAACUGGUGUUCCUUUACUUUGUCUGCUCACAAGAGGUCAACAAAUUAAGGUUGUCAGCCAAUUACUAAGAAAAGCUAAGGAUGCAGGCUAUUUAAUGCCUGCUUACCAUGGGCAGGGUUCAGAUGAACAAUUUGAAGGAGCUACUGUGAUAGAACCUAAAAAAGGAUAUUAUGCAGAUCCUAUAUCUACUUUGGAUUUUGCCUCUCUGUAUCCCAGUAUAAUGAUGGCACAUAAUUUAUGUUACACCACUUUAGUGCAACCUAGUAUGCAAAAUAAAAUUAAUUUAAGUGAAAAUGAUGUUACUGUGACACCUUCCAAAAACAUGUUUGUGAAAGCAAGUGUUAGAAAAGGUCUUUUACCUGAAAUUUUGGAAUCACUUCUUGCUGCCAGGAAGAAGGCAAAGGCAGAUUUGAAGAAUGAAAAGGACCCAUUCAAACGAUCUGUUCUUGAUGGCAGACAAUUAGCUUUAAAAAUUAGUGCUAACUCUGUGUAUGGGUUCACAGGAGCACAAGUUGGAAAGCUUCCUUGUUUAGAAAUAUCAGGUAGUGUAACAGCUUAUGGAAGAACAAUGAUAGAAUUCACUAAGACAGAAGUAGAAAAGAAAUAUACAAAGGCAAAUGGAUAUAAAGAAGAUGCAGUAGUUAUUUAUGGUGAUACUGAUUCUGUAAUGGUCAAGUUUGGUGUGAAAACUCUUGAGGAAAGUAUGGAGCUGGGUAGAGAAGCUGCUGAUUUCGUUACAGAAAAGUUUGUAAAACCAAUCAAACUGGAAUUUGAAAAGGUAUAUUACCCAUACUUACUCAUUAACAAGAAGAGAUAUGCUGGACUGUAUUUCACUAAACCAGAUAAAUAUGACAAGAUGGAUUGCAAAGGUAUAGAAACAGUGAGAAGAGACAACUGCCCUCUUGUUUCCAACAUGAUGAGCACAUGCCUUCAAAAGUUACUUAUUGAUAGGGAUCCAGAUGGUGCUGUAAAUUAUGCUAAACAAAUAAUAUCGGAUUUAUUGUGUAAUCGCAUAGAUAUAUCACAGCUUGUGAUAACUAAAGAGCUUACGAAAAACGACUAUGCUGCAAAACAGGCUCAUGUAGAGUUGGCCAACAAAAUGAAGAAAAGAGAUGCUGGUACAGCUCCUAAACUUGGAGACAGAGUCCCUUAUGUCAUAUGUUGUGCCACUAAAAAUACACCUGCCUACAUGAAAGCUGAAGAUCCUAUUUAUGUGCUUGAAAAUAGUGUCCCUAUUGAUUUCAGUUAUUAUAUGGAGAACCAGCUAUCCAAACCACUACUCAGAAUUUUUGAACCAAUUUUAGGAGAAAAAGCUGAAUCACUUCUAUUGAAAGGAGAGCACACUAGAACCAAAGCAAUGGUCACUUCUAAAGUGGGUGCCUUAGCUGCUUUUACAAAGAAAAAAGAGAAAUGUAUUGGUUGUAAGACUGUAAUGCCUAGCGAUACUGUGAAAGCUUUAUGCAACCACUGCUUGCAUAAGGAGAGACAAAUUUAUAUUUCAGAAAUAUUUAAACUGAGACAGCUUCAGGAGAAGUUUUCCAGGCUCUGGACUGAGUGUCAAAGAUGCCAGGGCAGUCUUCAUGAGGAGGUUCUUUGCACCAACAGAGAUUGCACUAUUUUCUAUAUGAGAAAGAAGACGGGUAUUGAAUUAGAUGCACAGGAAAAAACUGUAUUAAGAUUUGGAGAACCAUCAUGGUAGUCAAGCACACACUGCAAUCUUG